GUGGUUUACUCAGCGUUUCACGUUGCAUAGAAACCGUGCCUCUGUGUUUACAACUUAUUAGCUAUUGAUUAUUAAGACUAUUAAAGUUAGGGGUCCUCUGAAAUAAUGACCUGAUAUUCUUUGCAAGCAUUGAUCUCGAAUGUAUGCAAGGGUUCUUUUAAUAAAAUCUGCUAUCUAAUUGACAUUAUAAAAAUCAUGGCAAGUAAUGCGCUUAACUUCGUGAUCCUUUUUGUUGUUUGUGAAUUUGUUUUGCAAAUCAAUGCCAUUCCGUGGAGCCAAUUAUCAGGGCAGAACAAAAAUGAACCCCCAAGAUUGGUGUCCCCUGGUUUUGCUUUCAUAGCUUUAAUAGCUUUUGUUUUGUUUAUUAUUUUAAUGGUGCUGAUAGUGUUCUACAAACGGGAUAAAGGUAUCAGAGGAAAUGAGAAGACUUUGUUCCUUACACCAUAUUAGAACUGGUUUGAGUAAAAUGUGAUCUUGAUUGAUUGUAUAUUGUGGUUAAAGAUUCGUUUUUUAAAUAAAAAAAUAUGAACAUGAGUUGUUAUAAAUGAAAUUGACAAUAAUGUAUGUACAUUAUGAUUCUGUCACUCAUGAAGUAUGUAAAAAAGUUUGCAUAUCUUGACAUUAAAUGUUAUAACAAAUGAUGGAAAAAAAGAUUAUUAAAUUGUUGAGUUCCUUUGUUCCUUUAAUUAGAAACUUUUUAUGAGGUUAGCGAUUUUUGUGAUUGAAUGAUAAAUUUUAUCGAAUGGCUGCAGUGGUAGGAUGGGAGAGGGAGCACAGUCUAUCCAACAUUCUCCAAAAAAGUGUUUUCUUUUUUAUAAUAUAAUAGUUGGUUGAACGUGUGUAAUGUGGCAGCCCAAAUGUUUAAGUACAGGAUUUGUGACUGAAGGGUUACAGGUUGUACUCUGGACAAUCAAAGACCCUCCAUGUAUGUUAAUGGGUUAUAACUUAACCUAGUUUUUAUCUUUACUUUUUUGAAGUGAAUUGGAGGCAUACCAUGAAUGCAGACCUUUCACUGGUGAGCUAAACUAUUUUGUGCUACAAGUGUGAAGGUAUAUGUAGCUUCUAAAUGACGCUAUUGGCCCUACAACUCUUUUAUUGCUAUUCCAGGGUGAUGAGAGCAAAACUGCACUGUCUAAAUGCUGUAACUGAGCUGUGCAGCAUUAUCUUGCCUAUAGGUUUCAUUCAAAAGGUUAGAUAAGUGUUAGUUUUCACCUUUUAAUACAUUUUAGGGUUAUUAACUGUACAUUCCAAAUCCGUCCAUUUACAUACAUAUCAUUAUACACAUGGAUUUUCUAUGAUAACAAUGCUGGUGAGGUAUACAUUUAAUUUGAUACCUAUUAGAUUUUACUACCAAUGGUGCAAGUACAAAUGCUGUCUUUUGCAAAAUAUUCCUUUUACUAGUGCUACGUUUUUAUAAUGACUAUAUUAAAAAUAAUAGAUUUGCUUAUCAAUGCCAAUCGCUCAUUAUAUAUUAUACAAAUAUAAACCCUUCCUAUUCUGAAAAAAAGAGAAAAAAAAAAGCGUAGGAAAUUAUGCUGACAAGAGUUUUCACUUUGCAGCAGGAAAAAGUUUUGUAUUCCUCCUUGGUCUUACUUCUUUAAUUGCUAUCUAAUGAAAAUCCUUGCUUUUAUUUACUGUCAUACUGAAUGUAAAGUAUUUAUUUUGAUUAUUUUUAAUUAGAAAAUCUGCUACGCUUUAUAUUAUGGCUAUGUGUGAGGAUUAUACUCUUAAAGAAGUAUCUCAUCAGUGAAUUCCCAUUUUGAUGUCUAGAUAAUUUCAUAUUAAGUGUUAUGUAUAUUAUUUAAGAUUUAAAAGAAGAUUAACAACAUGCUGGAUUAAAAAAUAGCUAUAACUGUUGAUUUUUCAGAAAGAUGGUGGUGGAUUCUGAAAAAGUGUAAGUGAAAGAAUGAAAUACAGUAGACCCUUGUUUUACAUGGGGGUUACAUUCCACAGAAAUGCUGCGUAAAUCAAAACCAUAUAAAUUAAGACUUAAUAGUUGGGUUAAAAUAAGGGUUUAAUUCCAUAGAAUUAAAAAAAAAAAUAAAAAUCAUUCCAGUGAUGACUAAUUUUAUAGUAAGUUUAAUGUAUACUUAUAUCGAAAUAUAUGCACAACAUGCAUUAAAACAUAAAUCAUUUUUGUGUUUAUAAAAAGGAGCUGGCUGUGAUAUUUUUUUUUUUUUUUUUUUGGCAGACAUUAAGAAUUUUUCUCUGUAGUUCUUUGCAGAUCAUAAACGCAUCCAUGAUCACUUGCGUCAUUUGCAUCUUCCUUCACUAACACCAUCAAAAAGAUCAUUUGUCAAGGAAUGGCUCAAAAUUUUUUUCAAUGUGACGUUUUUGGUUGUAUGUCAUCGAUGUCGGUAUCUUGGUUGGUUUUGACCUCUUUAGUCACUACUAAAAGCUCUUCUUCCAGUGAAUUCUUAACUGUAUGAGUUUAAUAGUUUUACUCCUGGAAAGAGCUCUGGAACCAAUUGCAUUAAAUGUCUCCAGUGGCCAAGCUCGAUUAUUAACACGUCAAAAUGCAGUUUAUUAUAUGCACUCUCAGGAGUUUGGAUUUUGAAAGAGUGAAAAAUUUUAUCUGUUUGCAUUGCUGUGAUCCUCAUAAAACCAAAACUCAUCCACGUAAAAUAAAAUAAAGGUGUCAAAUCUUAAACUGUGUAAAAUCAAAACCACGUAAAACAGGGGUCUACUGUAUUAUUUUACAUAUCCAUCGUAAUUUAAGACAAAAUAUAUGUUCUUGUUUCUUUUGAAUAUGAAUUUAAAGCUGAUAAACUAUUUAACCAUUGUAUACAAACCAGUGAUUAGGGACCUUUUUGCACAGAAUGCCAUAUUAAGUUUUGCUGCAGGUAUAAAAUGUUUUAAUUUGACCUGAUUCUUGAAUGAGU